UGUCUUGGGAGAACCAUUGGACUGAGCCCACUAUCUUUCCGGUUUCUUACUACCGGUAGGCUACAGGAAUCUUGCUCCCCGGGCUCCGGAGUCAAUUCAGCUAUUUACCCGCUAUAAAGAAAUGUCAUAUUUUUGUUGACUGGAUAUACACAAUUGGGAUUGACUGUCAAGGAUUUUUUCGCACUCAACCAUUUUAGCUGUCUCUCUCAGGUUUGAGGUUAAAGGGCAUCUUGUAUUUAGUGAUGUAUUAAAAUUUGUUCUGCGACGACUCGCCCCAAGAAGUGCCUUGUUUUCGCCCAGUUGAGCUGCGAGGAAAUGUCUGGCUGAGGAUUUGUAACCCACGAAAACCUUGGCCCGUUUUGUAAUGAUAGAUUAAUGCACCGACAAUGGCAAACAAGGCACAGGUUUUGUAUGACUUCACUGCUGAGCCUGGAAACAACGAGCUGACCGUGAGAGAGGGAGAGACCGUCACUAUCACCAAUCAGGGUGUUGGAGGAGGCUGGAUAGAAGCACAGAAUUCCAGAGGAGAGGUUGGACUAGUGCCAGAAGACUACAUUGAGCUCCCAGGAGGAGGGGGAAAUGUAGGACAUGUAGCUGCCCCAGUAGCUGCCCACGCCCCAGACCUAUCAUUCUUUGACGCCUUCGCUGCCCCAGCCAACAACACCACUCAGAACCAGGUGGAUGUUGGGGCCUGUAGUCCUCAGCCGGACACCCCCGACACCCAGGCCCCCCCUUCCUCCUCUUCCCCUGACGAGGCGAGUAACGGUAAAGACCCGUGGUCGGUAUGGAACCAGGACACCACGGGAGGUUCCUCCAACAACUGGGCGGCCCAGCCAGAGGGCACCAUUACAGGCAAGAGUGCUGCCCCUGACCCCUGGGGCACCACAGCACAGAGCCAUCCUCAGGCCUACCAAGGCCCAGAUAUCUAUCCAUAUCCCUACCUUAUUGACUGGUCAGGAGCGGAGGACGAUGAGUGGGAUGAUGAGUGGGAUGAUGUGAAGUCGAACUCCGAGUCUGGAGAUGGAGGGGCCAUCCAGAGAGGAGGGGCUACUGGCUCCUCCAUGAAGAUCUCCCUCAACAACAGGUUCCCCGGGUUCUCCAAGUCUGGUCCUGAGCUGUUCCUCCUCUGCAAGCAACCACCCAAGGGAAAGGAGAAGAUAACCAUCUAUAUGGGGGAGGUUGGUCCAGUGUGGUCCUAUCCAGAGGCUCAGCUGGACUGUGUCGUAGCCGACCCUAAGAAGGGCACCAAGAUGUACGGCCUGAAGAGCUACAUCGAGUACCAUGUCAUACCCAACACCACAAACAGACCUGUCAAUCACCGAUACAAACACUUUGAUUGGCUGUAUGAGAGGCUACUGGACAAGUUUGGUUCAGCCAUCCCCAUCCCCUCUCUACCGGACAAGCAGGUCACAGGGCGUUUUGAGGAGGAGUUUAUCAAGAUGAGGAUGGAGAGGUUGCAGGGCUGGAUGACCAGGAUGUGUCGGCACCCUGUGGUCUCCAACAGUGACGUCUUCCAACUCUUCCUGACCUACAAGGACGAGAAGGACUGGAAAACAGGGAAGAGAAAAGCAGAGAAAGAUGAGGAUGUGGGAGUGAUGAUCUUCUCCUCCAUAGAGCCUGAAGCCCCCGACCUUGACCCCAUCGAAGUGGAGCAGAAGUGUGAUCAGUUCAGUCGUUUCACCAAAGCUAUGGAUGAUGGUGUGAAGGAUCUACUCACAGUGGGCCAGGAGCACUGGAAGAGAUGCACAGGACCUUUGCCCAAAGAGUACCAGAGGAUUGGCAAGGCCUUCCAGAACCUCUCGUCUGUCUUCACCAGCAGUGGAUACCAAGGAGAGGCAACCCUCACCGAUGCCAUGACUUCAGCAGGAAAGACCUAUGAGGAGAUAGCUCAGAUGGUGGCUGAGCAGCCCAGGAAAGACCUGCACUUCCUCAUGGAGAACAACAAUGAGUACAAAGGCCUUCUGGGAUGUUUCCCUGACACCAUUGGAGUACACAAGGCGGCCAUAGAGAAGGUGAAGGAGGGAGACCGGCUGGUGGCAGCUAGCAAGAUCACCCCUCAAGACAAAGUGACCAUGGCUAAACGUGUUAGCACCAUGUCAUAUGCACUACAAGCUGAGAUGAACCACUUCCAUAGCAACCGUAUCUACGACUACAACAGGGUGAUGCAGCUGUACCUGGAGGAGCAAGUGAAGUUCUACGAGACGAUUGCUGAGAAGCUGAAACAAGCACACAGUCAAUUCACCACCAUGUAAACCUGCCUCCUAAGACUGAAAAUGCAAGAAACAGCUUAACACCCAAGAUAUCUCUCUUUUUCUAUUUCUCACUCUGUUGCUUUUUCCCUUUGCGCUCAGUGCAAUUUCAUUUCCUGCAGUCGUUAGCUAAUGAUGCUAAUGUAAUCUGUUUUAAACAGUCUAGGGACUGUUUAGGAAGAGGUGUAGACAGUCGAAACCCAGAUGGGUGGAUUGCAGCAGUGCCUGAUGCACAGUGGGUGCCACAUACAGCACCAAACAGCCCAGUCCCACAGGAAACAACACUGACUUCUUCCUGUGUCUCAGGUCAGGGUAACAUGACAAACAUUCAGGCCCUCAUUGAACACAGUUAAGCAUUGCCCUCACUGACUCAGUGAUUCACUCAAAAUGCAGAGGUAAAAGAGCAGCUCUCUUCCCCUGGCAAAGAGGAUACUGUUUGCAUUUCCUUGUUUGACUGAAUCCAUGGGCUAGUCAUGUGGAACUGACUUCCUCAGUUCCACAUUAUAGUAAAACUACAUUUCCCUACCUUGGUUCUCUGGUAAUGUUUGGAUGGAUGUGUUAUGGAUCUCUCCCAUGACCAAGCACGCCUUUGUGGCUGUUGUUUUUUGCUCCAUGGUUCUUUAUUAUCCCCUGGUCAUCUUUUGGACCUUAUCACAGCAUUUUUUAAUCACAGCAUUUCAACAGAAAUUGUGUUUAUGAUUUUUUAAAGUGAUUGAAACACACUCACAGUUCAGAGUAGAGAUGUUGCAUUAUGCCUUGUCAGUUAAGUUCCAGCAGAUAUGAGAGAGAGUGUGUCACGCCCCUUGCUUGUGAGUGUGUCUGAACACUGCUGGCAGUGCCCCGCCUCUUCCUUCACUCACUUCCUCGAUCUCUAACAGGAAGCUCGACCCUUUCCUGCCACUGUGCCUUGUUGACGUUCUGUAGAAAAUAGAACUGCAUGCUUCGCUAAUUCCCCCCUGCCUUUUUUUUUUUACUAUUCACAUCUUUCCAAAAACAUGGAGUUCUGCUUUUCUCCCUUCUGGAAGGACAAAUCCUGAUGGGGAAUGUUAGAGGUUAUGCAAUGGGAGCCUACUCCUCGUCCAUGGAAGCCAAACAUCAGCGAGCCAAUGCUUCUCCCAAAGCCAGUGCCAAACAUGGUGGCUGGGUCCCAAUACUCGUAAAUUGCUUCCUUGUUUUCUUUCCUUCAAAAAUAGCUGAGCGGUUUCACAAUAUUGUUUUCACCUAUCAAAUCCUUACAUAGCAGUGGUUAGUAAGGAAAUGUGUUAAGACAAUUGGGACACAGCCAUGCCUUUAUCCAGGUGUCUAUGACAGCUCUUCUCUGCCUCACUCCACUUAAUACCGCAGUGCAAUCUUCAAUCAUUAUUUAAUCUCCCUCUUUCUAUUCUCGUCACAUAAAUACAAAUCUAUAUUCUAUCUGAUGCAUGUGCUUUUUGGUUGUUGAGGUAUUAUUUUAUGUAUAGUAAUAUUUGCGAUACGUUGUCACCCAGAAAGAGGAGAAAUUAAGUUUGAUUUAAUAAAAAUGAUUUGUACUCUCCGUG